UCACAAUUUAUUCUUUCUUCUCCCAUUCUUACCUUUUAGCAAAAAAUGGGUGUGACCACCAUUAACAACGAGUUCAAUUGCCCAAUCCCAGCUGCUAGGAUUUUCAAGGCUGCAAUCCUUGAUGCACACAACUUACUUCCCAAGAUCCUUCCUGACAAGAUCAAAAGCAUUCAAAUUCAUGGUGAUGGUGGGGCUGGUUCCAUCAAACAGAUCUACUUGGCUGAGGAUGGCCCUUUCGACUUCAUCCAGCAUCGGAUCGAUGAAAUUGAUGAACAGAAUUUUAAGUGCAAGUUUACUCUAAUUGAAGGUGUUGUAAUAGGGGAAAAGAUCGAGAAGGUUGUUGAUACGGUUCAGUUCGUGGCUUGUGCAGACGGGGGAUCCAUCUGUAAGGCUACUUCUGAGUUUUACACAAUUGGUGACUACACGAUGGGUGAAGAUGAAAUCCAGAUGGGCAAGGACAUGGCCAUUGGAACGUUCAAGAUGGUGGAAGGUUACCUCUUGCAAAACCCAGAUGCCUAUGCUUAAGAUCAGUCUCUCUAUACCAAUCAAUAUAGCUAUUAUGGCUC